AUGGAAUCAUCUUCAGAAAACACUUUAACAUACUCUUCAGAGAAUACAAAAAGUACAUCAGAAAUAACUUCAGAGUCAAGUAAACAGGAAUUAUUACAUGAGCCAAAAAUUAGAAAUAAAUUUUUAAAUUCCUCAUUAUUUUUUAUUAAAAUAUCGAUGUAA